AUGGAUGUUCGAGGGCGAUCGCGCUGCGAUUCCAACGUUCACAGCGAAGAAGACGCGGUGGAUCUGAAAAGAGGUCCGUGGACCGUCGAAGAAGACCUUGCGCUCAUGAAUUACGUCGCUAACCACGGCGAAGGCCGCUGGAACUCCCUCGCCCGCUCUGCAGGUCUGAGACGGACGGGAAAGAGCUGCAGAUUAAGGUGGCUGAACUAUCUCCGGCCGGAUGUUCGACGCGGAAACAUAACCCUGGAAGAACAAUUGUUGAUUCUCGAUCUCCAUUCCCGCUGGGGAAAUCGAUGGUCAAAAAUCGCACAAUACUUGCCGGGUCGAACUGACAAUGAGAUCAAGAAUUAUUGGAGAACCCGGGUCCAAAAGCACGCAAAGCAACUUAAAUGUGACGUGAAUAGCAAGCAAUUCAAGGACACCAUGCGAUAUUUGUGGAUGCCUAGAUUGGUGGAAAGAAUACAAGCCGCUGCUGCCGCCUCCACAUCUGCCUCAGCUUCCGCCACCGCUGCCGCUGCUGCUUACAAAGCGAACAACAGCAGCAGCAGCAACAACACCAGCAGCAGCUGCAACAACAACAACGACAAUGGCACCAACUAUAGACCAAUCAAUGGUAACCUUGAACAUCUAGUCUUGCCAGACAUUUCAACCAUGAACAACGAAUUCACGAGUGCUCGACUCAUGCAAAGUUAUUAUACCCCGGAGAAUUCUAGCACGGCAGCAUCAUCUGACUCACUCGGAACUCAAGUCUCACCGUUUUCCGACGUGGCCGAUCCUUAUAGUAUCUCAGUUUAUGAGAUCCCUAAUCAGGGUUAUGUCCAAGCUAACCAAGCUGCCUACCAGGAGUCUUCACUCUUUAGUCCUUCGAGCAAUUCCCUCAACUACGGAUCGGAAUUUUUCCAAGCCAUGGAUCAGAAUAAUCAGCUUUGGUUGGACGGUGGGGACUUUUCCAACAACUUGUGGAACGCCGAGAAUGUUCUGUACUUGCAGCAACAGCUUAACUCCAUUUAACAGAGAGAGUUUGUCAGUGAUGGUGUCUGUGUAAAAACGACAGUUAACAUAAGGAGAGAUGGAGGAGAGGAUGACAGAUAGAAUAAUCUACGCCAGGCUUUUAGGAUUUGCCACGAACAGGGUCCUGAUUGAGGAUCUUGUUUGCUUGUUUGUUUAUGUGGGGAAGCAUGUCUGGAUUAGGGUUUCUCUAUAUCAAUCGAAUCAUUUGUAUGCAAA